GCUCUACUUGCCUUGCUUCCAUCGCCGUCUCUCUCACCUAAAACACGCGCUUCCAUCGGCCCGCAACACAGACAGCAGCGAGCGAGCAGCAAGGAGACCACGGCGGCGAUGGAAGUCAAGUGCCGGCGUCUGGAGGGGAAGGUGGCCGUCGUGACGGCUUCCACGCAGGGAAUCGGCCUCGCCAUCGCCGAGCGCCUCGGCCUGGAGGGCGCCGCGGUCGUCAUCUCCUCCCGCAAGCAGAAGAACGUGGACGAGGCGGUGGAGGGCCUCAGGGCGAAGGGGAUCACCGUGGUCGGGGCCGUCUGCCACGUCUCCAGCGCGGAGCACCGCAAGCACCUCGUCGACACCGCCGUCAAGAAUUUUGGGCAUAUUGAUAUUCUUGUCUCCAAUGCCGCUGCAAAUCCUUCUGUAGAAGGCAUACUCGAGAUGAAAGAGCCAGUUCUUGACAAGCUAUGGGAUAUUAAUGUCAAAGCUUCUAUUCUUCUACUUCAGGAUGCUGCACCACAUUUGAGGAAGGGGUCAUCUGUGAUAAUAAUUUCUUCGAUUACUGGUUAUAAUCCUGAUGCAGCUUUAGGGAUGUAUGGUGUUACAAAGACUGCCCUUUUGGGCCUCACAAAGGCUCUUGCUACUGAGAUGGGCCCAAAUACCCGUGUUAACUGCAUAGCUCCUGGUUUUGUUCCUACACGCUUUGCUAGUUUCCUCACAACUAAUGAGACCAUCAGAAAUGAGCUUAUGGAGAGGAGCAAGCUUAAGAGAUUGGGCACCGUUGAAGACAUGGCUUCAGCCGCCGCAUUCCUGGCAUCAGAUGACGCAUCCUUCAUUACUGCUGAAACAAUUGUUGUUGCUGGAGGAACACAAUCUAGAUUAUAAAUCUGGCUAAAGUUUGGAGGCCCAGUCAGCUACAGUUGAGUACAUUGUCAUGACAGUACUACAUGUUAGGUGCACUUAGAUAAUAAAACAGAUCUACUAUAAUGAAUUUGAUUUUGUGCGCUAUAAUCUGGCAAGGACGGUUGAUAGUCUAUUGACAUUGUCAUCCGAACGUCUGUUGUCGUAUAACUUGUGUUCAUGUAUAUGGAAAUUACAGUGAAUGACAAAAUAUGGUAAUGGCGCAGCAUUCUAUUUUGGGUUUUUU